GACUCUCUACAGCUCCAUUAAGAACGAGAAGCUUCAGUGGACCAUUGAUGAGGAGGAGCUGAGGAAGUCCAUGUCGGAGCUGGCCGACGUCCGAACGGACUCGGCCUCCCACACCAUGAAGAGGCUCGGCAGCGGAGGGAACCCGCUGGUGGGCGUCGCCCAGCAGGCCGACGGCGAGCUCUACAAGAGCGGCUUCCUGGUCCGCAAAGUCCACGCCGACCCCGACGGGAAGAGAACUCCGCGGGGUAAGCGGGGCUGGAAGUCUUUCUACGCCAUGCUGAAGGGUCUGGUGCUCUACCUGCAGAAG